UGCUGUUUUGCGUGUCAUGCAGCUUCAGCUCUGCGGCUAAGAGGCAGGAAAUCAGAUAUUUCAGUAGUUUGCCAAGAAAGAAGAGAAGUAGCUGGAAUGACGGACGGGGAGAAAGCUACUUCUGUAGAGCAUGGACACACAGUUAACAAGUCCUGUGUGAAUCUGACGUGCUACAUGGUCCUGAGUGACGAAGAGAGGAAAGCCAUCGGCACCAUCUGUUUCCUGGCAGGCCCUGUCACACUACUGGAAAAUGUUCUUGUGCUUGGGGUGAUUGCUAGCACAGCCACCUUGCGAAAGCGGCCAUCCUAUCUGUUUAUUGGCAGCCUUGCUCUGGCUGAUGUCUUUGCCAGUUGUUUCUUCACCAUAAGUUUCUUACACUUUCACCUCUUUCAUCUCAAAGAUGGCCCAGGCGCCUACCUCUUCAAGCUAGGCGGUGUCACCAUGGCCUUCUCUGGUUCAGUGGGAAGUUUACUGCUGACUGCUCUGGACCGCUACAUCUGCAUCUACCACUCCUCGACUUACAAGGUGUUGCUGACACGGCGCAGAGCCCUGCUGAGCCUUCUGAUUCUCUGGAGUACAAUCAUCUUCCUCUCCUUCUUACCUCUAAUGGGCUGGAGGUGUUCCACAGGCCUUACUCCACCUUGCUCAAACUUGUUUCCAUACAUCAAUAAGCACUAUCAAGCCUUCUGGACCAGCUUCGUCCUUGUGAUUCUGGUUCUGAUUUUGGGGGCUUAUGCUCUCAUCCUGUGGAAGGCCCACCGCCAUGAGUGCUCAAUGACCAGCUUCCAGGGAGCAGCAGGAAAAGCUCAAUCUCGCAUGAGGAUGGAUAUCCGGUUGGCUCGCACCUUUGGCCUGAUUCUGCUCAUACUGGUGGGCUGUUGGGUUCCUGUGCUUUCUUUCAUGCUAGUAGAUGUCUCAGUGAUCCUGACCCGAGACCAACAGCGGGCCUUUGCUUUCUGCAGCACCCUCUGUCUGGUCAACUCUUCAGUCAACCCACUGCUGUAUGCCCUGCGCUUUCGAGAACUAAGAAUUGCUCUUUUGCGGAUGCUGCAAAAGCUGUGUUGCAAGGGAAGGUGUAAAAAACUCACAGAAGACUCAAGCCAUGGACUACCCUCUGCAGAAGACAACUGUACUGCUUUAUCUGACGAUGAGAUGCCCAAGGCCAGAACCACCAGACCUGACUCCAUUUCAGAAAUGGUCUACAGUCACCAGCUGACCAUGAGAAAGUGAAGGAAGCUGAACGUUAAAAUAAAAGAGAAGCAAUACAGUUCGUGAAACACUUGUUUUCACGACAGCUGUUAGCUAGUGAUCAACACCAUCACUGUCGAUCAGGAUAAAAUCUGUCUAUACAAGGAAAUGUCACUUACUGCUUUUUUUUAAAUUGUAAUUGCGAAUAAGCUUGUAAAUAAGUAAACAACGCAUGAUAACAGUACUUGUCAAAACAAAACACAAACCCUGGGAAUUACAAUGUGACCAUUACACAUUACUUUAAUUAUAAGAGAUUAUAAAGUAUGUUGUUGACCAUUAAUCCGUAAUGUUAUUACCAGUUAAUAUGCUUAAAAUAGAAAAUGAUAGUUACACAGAGGACACACAGAGCUUUUUUCAGCAUUUUGCAAUAACUGCACCCAAAAGAUUUAAAUGGAAAUAAAUACCUCUGCACUCAAUCAGACUAAGUAAAUUGUUUUGUACAAAUGUAUGCUACUAUGUGUUACUAAUAUUUAAGCACAUAUAAAGGUCAUUUACCUUUGACCUCCAUGUUUCCCCUCUCACUACUUUAGCAUUCCAUGAAAUCCUGGUUCCGUGAACUGAACUGCUGACUUUUGGGUUUGCCAUUUGUUGCUAGCAUGCUUCUUUAUUUUUCAGUGUAUGACCCAGAGCACGCAGGAACAGAGGAAGCAGUGGGUCGCCAAUCUGCACAUGAAUGCCAGGACCCCACAGAAUUUCACACAAUGCUCACUGCACAAAUCCAAGCAGUGUGUAGAGGUGAAUGGAGCAGAUGUUAGGAAGAGAACGAGCACAGACACUAGAACAGUCUUUGCGAUAGUAAAAGCUGGCAGCUGCAGUAGAGCGCACACUGAUAUGCAGUUACACUCACAGUGACACACAGCGUAACAGAGGUAGAUAAUCAGAGCUGAUGCUUGUUGAUUUAGACUUUAGAACACCUAUUUCAUCCAUUGUGUGAACUUAUUAAAAA